GUUUGAGUUAUGUUUGACAAUUCUUUUGUGCCGCUUCCAACUUUACCCCUGGGCUCAAACCUGCCAACCUUCUCAACGCCUUCUCUUUCUAGAAACCUUAAUCACAUAUUUCUUUCAAGACUGGGAUCAUUGCCGCAUUAAAUCCGUCAUUUGAGUUUUUUGGCAGAGAAAAUCUCCUCACAAUCUUCUCCUUUUAAUUUUAUUUAAUUUUUUGUUGGUCUCUGGCGAAAACUACAACACGCAAAGAAUUUUCAAAGUCAAACGAGGAGAAAUAGCGUGAAAAUUUGAUAAAGAUAGCUUCCCACCCAUCCCAGCAAACCUCUGUGUUGUGCCAAAACCUACACAAUUUCUUUUCGUUUUAAUUUUGAAAAGAUCUCUCAACCAUUGAAGGUUUCUUUUGAUUCCACGAUCCGCGAGCCCGGGGUUCUAAUUUGCGUUUCCCCUUGAGAUCUUAAGGGUUCUUGUUGUUCUGGGUAGUGGAAAACCAGAAAGAAAGAGAGAGAAGAAAAAGUUGUGGCCAAGUGAUGAACUCGAAUACUCCGUCGUCGAGUGCAGGAGGAGCUGGAUCGGCCGAGCCGACGGCACCUAGAAGAAAUUCCAAGCGGCCCAAAUAUUCAAGGUUCACCCAGCAAGAACUACCUGCUUGCAAGCCUAUUCUCACUCCUAAAUGGGUGAUCUCUACAUUCUUGCUUGUUAGUGUUGUCUUCAUACCAAUCGGAGUUGUAUCUCUUCUUGCUUCACGAGAUGUUGUUGAAAUUGUACAUCGAUAUGACGCUGAAUGCAUUCCUGUAGAAUCAAGAAACAAUAGGGUUGGGUUUAUUCAAAGUUCUCGAGACAAGACUUGCAAUAGAACUAUUACGGUUCCAAAGCAUAUGGAGCAACCAAUUUACGUGUAUUACCAGCUUGACAAUUUCUAUCAGAAUCACCGCAGAUAUGUGAGGAGCCGAAAUGAUCAGCAGUUGAGGAAUCCUGGGAGUGAGCGUGAAACAAGUUCUUGUAGUCCAGAAGACACCACACCAGAUGGGAACCCUAUUGUUCCUUGUGGUCUUAUAGCGUGGAGUUUGUUUAACGACACUUAUGGAAUUACUCGCAAUAACCAGGAAUUGGCCAUAAACAAGAGAGACAUAUCUUGGAAGAGUGAUAGGGAUCGCAAGUUUGGAGAUAAUGUCUUUCCCAGAAACUUCCAGAAUGGUGCCCUUAUAGGUGGUGCUAGUCUGAAUGCAUCAAUACCGUUGAGUCAGCAAGAAGACCUGAUUGUCUGGAUGCGAACUGCUGCACUUCCAACAUUCAGGAAAUUGUAUGGGAAGAUUGAAGUUGAUCUUCAAGCUGGAGACACUAUUAAUGUGACAAUUUUGAACCGUUAUAAUACGUACAGUUUCAAUGGGAAGAAGAAACUGGUUCUUUCCACUACAAGCUGGCUUGGAGGGAAGAAUGAUUUUGUGGGUAUCGCGUAUCUCACAGUGGGUGGAUUAUGCUUCUUCUUGGCCUUGGUUUUCAUGCUUAUUUAUCUCAUUAAACCAAGGCAACUUGGAGAUCCAUCGUAUUUAUCAUGGAACCGGAAUCCUGGAGGUCAUUGAUGGGCAUACAAGCUGCUUGGUUCUUGUUUGGUUUUGAAGGUUGUGUAUGUAGACCUUUAACACGUUCUGGCUUUCGAUUUGUCCUUGGAGUUAAACUAUUCGUUUUCAUUUGAAUGUAUUGAGCUUGUACUACUAGUGGAAUAGUGGAUAUAUGUCUCAAUGUACUUAGGUGUAAAUUUGAUUACUCGUUUUUAUUUACAUAUCGAGCAUCAGGUGUGAAGAUUUUCUUUAGCCGAUCUUUGAAAUAUCUUUAAAUCAUAAGAUGCCUCCACUCUGAU